AUGGUUAGCGUCUUUUACGAAAUAAUUAGAGACUUUUUUCCUCCAAAGCCAGAAUACUUGCCAGAGGAGUACCCAGAUUUAACUGGAAGAACUGUAGCCAUCACUGGGACUUCUGCUGGUAUCGGGUUGCAAACGUCUAAACUUUUAUUAAAACAGAAUGCUACAGUAAUAAUGUUUAAUAGAAACCCUACAAAGACAUCUGAAGCCAUUGACAGGUUGAUUAAAGAGGUGUCUGAAGAAACUAAAGCUACGCCACAAGAUAUACGUUCAAAGUUACACUCCAUUAUCAUUGAUUUGGGCGAUUUAACCACUAUCAAGGCAGCUGAAACUCAAUUAACGAAGUUGAAAGUUUCUAAACUUGAUUAUGUAAUCUUCAAUGCUGGUGUAAUGCAGCCACCAAAUGGAUCGAAGACCACCCAGGGCUAUGAGUUACAAAUUGGUACCAACGUCUUGGGCCAUCACCUACUUCUGAAAUUCCUUCAUCCUUACGUGAUCAAAGCCGCAAGUUCUACCUUUCAACCUCGUGUUGUAUGGUUGUCAUCUGCAGCUCAUCUCAGUUCCCCUGCAAAUGGUGGUAUCGACUUUGAUUCUUUUUACAGUGCAGCUAAAUGUUCUACCUUCGGCGUAUACGGUCAAUCCAAAACCGGGAAUAUUUACCAGGCUCAAAUUUAUGGCCAGAAAUAUAAAGAUGAAGGUAUUAUCAGUUUGGCAGUACACCCAGGCUACUUGGCUUCAGAUUUGCAAAGAUCACUUUCUAGAGCUCUACGUUGGUCAGGAAGGUUUUUGCACCCUGCUAUCUACGGUUCUUAUACUGAAUUAUUUGCAGCUCUACACCCGGGAAUUACUGUAGAGCAAAAUGGUAGUUAUAUAGGUCCUUGGGGGAACUUCAGAUCUUUAAGAGAAGAUAUCAAAGAAGGCUUGACAAAUGGUACAGCUCAAAAAUUGUGGGACUGGGCUGAUGAACAAGUGGAGCCAUUCUACAGAUAA